AUGGCCGAACACGCGGUCGCUGCUGUGCUGCAGCGGGCAGGCGCCACCGUGAUCCAAGAAGUCGCUUCUCUGGGCCAGGUUCCUGCCAAGGUGGAGGCCCUCAAGUCCGAGCUCAAGCGCAUGCAGUGCUUCCUCAGGGACGCCGACGCGAGGAUGGAGAGGGGCGAGAAUGAGAUGCUCAGCCAACUGGUGUCGGAGGUCAGGGACGUCGCCUACAGCGUCGAGAUCAUCAUCGACACGGCCAACAUCUUGGCCAGGGAGAACAACAGACCGCCGUCCCUCCUCGGCGCCAUAUCCAAGGGCGCCUAUUACCCGGUCCACUGCAAGCGCCUGCACAGCGUCGGAAAAAGAAUUGACCAGGUGACAGCAAGAGUUAAUAAGAUCUUCAAAGAAUUUGAAAAGUAUAACAUUCAGAGAACUAGCCUGACUGAGACAAGAUACAGUAUGGAUGAGAACGAGACUCUACGCUCUAGGAGACUGAUGCUUCCGGAUUUCGGGGAUGAGGUUGAUGUUAUUGGCUUUGACAGUGAAAUCAACCAGGUCAAGGAUCAACUGCUUGACUUGGAGAACAAGGACCUCACUGUCGUCUCCCUUGUUGGUCCAGGGGGCUCAGGGAAAUCAACCAUUGCCAGGAAGGUCUACAAUCUUGUCGCCAAAAAGCAUUUCAACUCCUCCGUAUGGAUAUGCAUCUCACAGCAAUUUUCGGUCUAUGGUGCACUGAAGGAUAUCGUUAAAGGGGUCAUGGGGAAUCAAGACUUCGAAGAACUAGGAACAAUGAAUGAGAUUGAAAUCAUCAAGAAGAUCCACAGUUUUCUCAAGGAUAAAAGGUACCUUGUAGUCUUAGAUGAUGUCUGGAAAAUGAAAGACUGGGAUAUGGUCCAAGCUGCCUUUCCUGAUGUGAAAAAUGGAAGCAGAAUUGUUCUGACAACUCGCAACUCAGCAGUUUCCAAUCACCCCAACGCAAGAAAAAUAAUCCAGCAGGUCAAGCUCCUUAACGACGACGAAAGUAUAGAGUUAUUCAACAGAAAGGCAUUCCCUUCCUAUGUCGUCCAUGGCAGAGAUGAUCUGGAUAGCUUCAGAGAACUAGGCAAGGUACUUGCAUUAAAAUGCAAUGGCUUGCCUCUUGCAAUUGUAGUCAUGGGAGGUUUCCUUUCAAAGAAUCUCAGGAUCACCGAGUGGAGAAGAAUGGUUGCUAGCGUAAACUGGGACACAAUGAAGAAUGAAGGUGACAUCAGAGCCAUACUGGACCUAAGUUACUAUGAUCUGCCAAGCAAUCUGAAGGCAUGCUUUUUGUACAUCACAUCAUUCCCAGAAGACUACGCAGUCCCGGUUGGCCUUCUGACGAAGUUGUGGAUUUCAGAGGGUUUCAUAUCAAACGUGCGUGGACGCUCCCUUGAAGAAACUGCGCUCGGGUAUGUGGAAGAACUGGCCCAGCGCUGCUUGAUCCUAAUUGAAAAGAAGAGCUCCAGGUGCAUCAGGGCCGUUAAGGUACAUGACGUGUUGCGCGACUGGGGAAUUGGGCGAGCUCGAAGAGAAGGCUUCUUGAAAGACUGCAGUUCCAGAGAUGAAGUGGAGACCUCAUAUUCCAAUGAAAUGAGAGCUUACAGGGUGGUUCUCUACGACUCCGUUUGCGUGAAGGUCGGUGUUGCUAUGCCAAAUCUGCACACCUUGCUGAUCUUCAAUGCAGCUCGGCUAGAAAAGGACGUCUUCUCUUUCCGAGGCUUGAAUUACCUGCGGGUACUCUACUUUGAUGGCAUGAGAGGGAGAUGGCAGCUACCUGCAGAGAUCGGCCAGAUGGUACAUCUGAGGUACCUUGGCUUGAAAGGUGGCACAUAUGUACUUCCUGCUGCCGUCAGUAAUCUCACAAACUUGCAAACUUUUGAUGCAAGGGAUGCCACAGUGGAAGCGCUCCCUAUUGAUCUCUUGAGCAUUUCAACACUGAAGCAUAUCCAUAUCUACAAGGUCGAGUCAUGGUCCAUGUGGAAGACGAACAUGCAGAGCAACCUGAAGUCACUUUUCAUAUUCCUGGCAGCCAACACCCCAAAGCAAUGGGAAGGAGCAACUGACAGAAUGGAAGAAAAUCCCUCCUGGUGCUUUGGGAAGCACUACCGGAGCGUCAAGCAGCUGGAAAUUGUCGGGGCGUGCGAGGACGAGUUUGGGGUGCCCAACGACCUGCAUCUUCCUGAUCUGCACCUCCUCCCGCACAACCUGAGACGGCUGAAAAUCAGCUGUCCUAAUCUGCUGAAUGAUGAAGACCCCAUGCCGACACUUGGGAGCUGGCUGACGUUCCUGAAUGUGUUGGAAAUAGGGGUCAAGUCAUACACUGGCGCGACCAUGACCUGCCCUUCUGGUGGGUUUCCAGACCUGCACAAUUUGGUGCUCCACGAUCUGGAUAUUGAGGAGUGGAUAUUGGAGGAUGGCGCCAUGCCGAAGCUCAGGAUACUAACUCUCUGCAAGUGCACCAAGCUGAAGGCGCUUCCGCAAGGAUUGCAGCACCUGAAGGAACUUAAGAAGCUGAAAGUGAUAGCAAUGCCUGAUUUGGAUCAAGUAUUAUGCUACCUGCUCCACAAGGCCGGACGCGAGGUCGUCAUCAGGUCGAGUGAGGAGGACUUUGAGCAUGUACAGAUCCCAAGUAUGACAUCUAAGGAGUAA